AUGGCCACCCUUGUUCUAGAAACUUGCACAGGUGGAUUAGCGACAGGUGCAAAUGCCGGCGGCGGUCAAGGUGAACAUGGACAGGAUAUGAUUGCUGAAGCGAAAUUGCUGCGCCAGCAUAAGGGACGCCUAGAGGCACGCAUGCAAAUACUAGAGGAUCACAAUCGUCAACUGGAAGCACAGCUACAGCGAUUACGACAGUUGUUGGAUGAGCCGAAUAGUGGCGCUGUAAAUGCCGGCGGCUCAGCGUUGAAUUCCAAACCGAAUACGUUGCAAACGCGUUCGGUGACUGCGUCGCAAUUGAACACCGACUCACCGGCGAAAAUGAAUCAACAAAAUGGCCAUUAUGAGCAAAACACAAUCAUAAUCGCGCUUGAAUUCAACCCAUUUGAUUAACUCUUAGAAUAUUGUAAUUGUUAGCUGUUCUU